AAUGGGGAGAUAUGCAGUUGAUCUGUUUCUGCUCCUGCUAAUUUCUACAGGACAAGUUUAUGGAGAAUCAUUCUUCGGGGAUGGCUACAUCCAUCUGAGGACAGAGGAGGCCUCUAUUGAGACAGUGCUCCAUGUACGUUUCCGGACCUCCAGUCAGACGGGGCUGCUGUUUUUGGCAGCUGGACACAGAGACUUCUUGCUGCUGGAGCUGACAUCUGGGCGCCUGCAGGUACGUCUGGAGCUUGGAUCAGGUGAGCGCUCUCUACGCUCAGAAAAAGGGUUAUUUCUUAGUGACCUAGCAUGGCACUCAUUGGAGCUGAUACACUUCCAUCAUUCUGUAAACAUGACAGUGGAUCGAAACUCUCAUACCAGCCUACGAAUGCCGGGACCAGAUCUGAGGCUAAAUAUUGAGGAUGGACUUUUUGUUGGUGGGGCUGCUGGACUGAAGCACCCAAAUCUUCUCAAAACCCCUACUGGAUUUAGAGGUUGUAUAGAUGAAGCUGUGUUCAAUGAACACAACUUGCUGUCCAGCCUUAGGCCUUAUUCUGGGUAUAAGAGUGUCCAUGAGGUAUCUCCAGGUUGUAGUUCACAGUUUUCUGCAACAGAAGAAGAUUCUGUCAGUUUUUUUAGUUCCAGAGCUUUUAUAGUUCUCCCACCAUUGGAGUUUCAAGAUGAAGGUGUGUUUCAGUGUGAGUUGCGACCCUCUGCAAGAGAAGAAGAUGGCAUGGUGCUAUAUAGUUCUGGAAACAGUGGAGGAUUUGUUGCCAUUGAGCUUAGAGAUGGACACCUGGUGGCAACACUAGGAAAUGGAAAGGGAAGUAAGACUGAGAUGCGUUCUCUAACUGAUAUUCAUCAUAACCACAUCUGGUAUUCCAUUAAGCUGCAUCUGCUGCCCCACAGCAUUCACCUGAGUGUGGGGAAGGAACAGGUUCAGGCUAAUCUGAGCCCAGAGCUGCAAGCCAUCCAGCUGAAAGGGUCUCUCUUUCUAGGAGGACUGAACAAAGAGGCUCGUGUAGAGGCAAGACGAGCUGGGAUGAUGUCUGGUGUACCUGGAGGUAAACUAGCUGGAGGUGGAGUUUCCUUUAAAGGCUGCCUUCGAGACAUUAGGGUGAACACCAAAAGAACAGGCCUACCGAAUGCCUCCAUCACCAAGGACAUCACUGUGGGCUGUUUGACAAGGCAAACUUCAGUGGAGGUGGCAACUCAAAGCCCAAUAGAUCAUCAAAAGUUUGAUGUUACCACUCUACAACCAUCUACCAGCACUACCAUGAACCCUACCUUUUUGUCCCUGAGAAAGCUUGAGGUGGUGGAGGGAGGCCGAGCAUUACUUGAGCCCAAACACAUAAGGGUGAAUCUGGAUUUCCGGAAAUUGGGCAUUCAUCCAGCCCAGUUGAUGUUCCGUGUUGAGAGGCAGCCGGCCCAUGGCCAGCUCCGGCUGGACCUCAGUCCAGACUCUGAUGGGAUGCUUAGUGAAGCAGAGCAGGACAGGACUAUCAUAUUAGGAACUGAAGAGUUUGAUCAGACUUUUAGUAUGCUGGACCUUUGGCAGGGCAGGGUAAUGUACGUUCACAGUGGUUCAGAGGACCAGAAUGACUUCUUCAUGUUUUCAGUCUUCUCCAACAAUAAAAAGAAACUUCCUGCAUCUCUGAAAGGCAACCGUCUGCACCGGUUUGAUGUAGACAUCAGUCCUGUUAAUGAUAUUCCUGUGCUCAGCCUCCCAGAGGGAAAUCUUUUUACCUUAGUUGAAAAGUCCAAACGACAGCUGACAUCGGAUAUGCUGAGAGUGUCAGACCCUGACAGCAGUCCUGAAGAAUUGAUGUUCAGCUCCCUAGGAAACCUGAACAAUGAGGCUGGACACCUUGAGCACCAGGAUUACCCUGGCAGGCCCAUUAACUUGUUCUCGCUGAACGAUCUUGAGGAGGGUAAGAUCAGCUUUGUCCACACUGGAAUCUCAACCUCCAGGCUAGCGCUCAGAGUCAGCGAUGGGGAGAGGUCCAGCAACACUGUUAUUUUCAGAAUUAUGGCAGUGCCACUGGAACACAAACUGGUAAAUAACACCGGACUUGAGGUGAACCAAGGUGAAGCUUCCACCAUCACAACCAUAAACCUUGCUGUACAAGUUAAUGGGAUUGAUCAGGCAGUGGAUAUCCGCUAUAACAUUACAGAGUUACCUCAGUAUGGUGAGCUUCAGCGUUUGCACUCAAAUGGUGACUGGAAACCAACAACUUUCUUCUCUCAGAAUCUUCUAAAGAAGGAACGGAUACGAUAUGUGAGCGCUGUCCAUGGCCUUCAGACUCAUGACAACAUCACUGAUCACUUCAAAUGUAUAAUCACCAUAGGUGCCAUGGCUACUGAAGAGAUUGUUUUCUCAAUCGUGGUUCAUUGCAUCCAGUUUAAAGUACUGCAUAGCAAGCUAGAGGUCAAUGGUGUUCUGAGUACCACCUUCACAUCAGAAGACCUUCAUGUGAUUUCUACAGGUAUCAGACUAAAUGAGAAUGCCCUCCACUUUAGGCUGCUUACUCUUCCAAAGAAAGGGCAUCUAUACCUGAAUAACAGAAUCCUGAAAAAGAAGUCAACCUUCAGCCAAAAGAACAUCACAGAUGGCUUGGUGAAGUACGAGCUGUUCAACAAACUUCAGUAUGAUACAAGAGACACGUUCAGCUUCCAGGUUUUUUCGUCACACAUUAACUCAGCAACUUACAACUUCAGAAUAAAUAUUAAAGCUGAGUCAACAACAAUCACAGUUUUAAACAAAGGCCUUUCAGUCCUGGAAGGAGCUAGUAAAGUUAUCAACAAGGACAUUCUGUUUUCUCACACAGCAGGCAACAGGGAGGUCUUCUACUCCAUUACUGCGAGCCCAAGGCAUGGCCAGAUAAGGAGGAUUAACUUUUCUAACUCCACUUCCAUCAAUGACGACAUUCUGACAUUCACUAAUCAGGAUAUUACUGAGGAGAGGAUCAUGUACGUUCAUGAUGACAGCGAGACCAAGGAGGAUUCCUUCACAUUUAAAGUUAUGAUUCACAAACCCCAUAAACACAUUAGCAAGAAGGAGGAUGAUGUUGCAGGUGCACACAGGUUUAAUAUUUCGGUGCAGCUUGUCAAUGACCAGAGACCCGUCAGGGUUGUAGAUAAAGUGUUCCAUGUGGCCCGCUAUGGUCAGAGGUUGGUAACGUUGGAUGAUCUUCGUUACCGGGAUGAUGACUCAGACUUUGAAGAGAGUUGGCUGGUUUACACUCGGAGGGGGAUUCCCAUGGGAGACUUGGUGCUGGCCAGUGAUCCAAGCCACAAGCUGUACGAGUUCACACAGCGGGAUCUCGAGCAGAAAAAGGUGCUGUUUGUCCACAGAGGAGUGAGUUUUGGGAGAUUUGUCCUUUUUGUAUCAGAUGGGAAACAUUAUGUGUCAACACUAAUGGAGGUUAUUGCCCAGGAUCCUUACCUUAAGGCUGAGAACAACACAGGCAUCAGGGUCCAAAAAGGAGGCCUCAUAACCUUGACCUCUGCUAAUCUCAGCAUCUCCAGCAACCUUGACAUCAGAGAGCCACAGGAAGUGACGUUUCAGGUCUUCCUUCCACCUAAACAUGGUGUGCUCUUCUUUAAAGAUGAAGAUCGUGAGGCUUUAACACAAACAGAUUCAAUUAAGAUAUUUACCCAACAAGAUUUGGUGGAAGAGCGCCUGGUGUAUCAACAUGAUGGCAGCCAGGAGUUAUCAGAUCAUUUCAAUGUUACUGCAAGAGCAAAGGAAAGGGGAACAGAGAGGCGACCUGAGAGAGGGAGGAGGGAAGUGCGUCUGGAUAUUGGGGUACUGGUAAAGAUCUACCUGGAGAGUCACCAAAGGCCACCGAUCGUCAUAAGUAACCUUCCACUGCAAGUGGAAGAGGGAAGGAAUGUCUCCAUAAGCAGGGAGCAUUUAGAGGUGGCUCAUGAGGACAGCCAGCCCUCUGACAUUUUAUUUUCCGUCCAAAGUCCUCCCACCCAGGGUUUCCUCCAGAGGUGUACCCCUGCUGUCAACCAACAGCACUACAACAACAAAGAACAGCUGCGCCUCUGUCAAAACAUCAGAGAGCAGCAAACAAACUCCUUUACCCAGGAGGAUCUCAACCAGGGAUGGAUCAUUUACCAUCAUGAGACUGUAGGAGGUGACGACUCUGUUCUGCUUGAGGCAACCAACGGGAUCACAAAGGUUGGACCUAUCAGGCUGGACAUUGAUGUAAUCCCUCUCCUGCUACCUCUGCAGGUGUCUGCAUUGACCCUUGAUGAGGGAUCAUCUGUGCCACUGACCUCUGAUGUUAUCAAGGUCACCAAUUACCAUUUUUCAGGGAUGAACUUCCUGUACCAGGUCAUCGAUCCACCACUACACGGACACUUGGAGCACAGCCGGAUCCCGGGGAUGCUCAUCACUGCCUUCACUCACACCGAGGUGGAACGCCAGUAUAUCUCAUAUGUUCAUGAUGGCAGUGAGACAGAGAGAGACAACUUUACCAUUUUGGCCAAUCAGACGGAAAUCAAAAAGCACAGUCUGCCUUGCAUUGUUCACAUCCAUGUCAUACCUGUCAAUGAUGAGACUCCAGUUGUUACAACCAACAAGGGUCUGAAGGUGUGGGAGGGUUCAGUCACAGAGAUCACACCAGAUGAGCUGAGUGCAGAGGAUGUAGAUACUCCAGAUGAAGCGCUGGAGUUUAUCAUCACACCUCCCAGUAAUGGCCACUUGGCCCUGAAGAGCGCCCCCUCCAGACAGAUCUUAAACUUCACCCAGAAUCAUAUUCAAACUGGACAACUUGUGUUUGUGCACAGUGGUGCUCUGUCAGGUGGAUUUCAAUUUCAGGUGAACGACGGUAUGAACUUUGCCCCUCGACAGAUCUUCAGCACAACUGCCCACUCUCUGGACCUCGUCCUGCAGAGAAAUCAUCCGAUGAAGGUCUAUCCAGGUUCUGUGACCCCCAUCUCUGAGCAGGAGCUUAAGGCAGUAACUAAUGAUGUCACUGACAUCAAAAGAAACCAGACAGUGGUCUUUGCAGUGACAGCUCCUCCUAGACUUGGUCGCCUGGUCCAACGCCUACCUGACAACUCUACCCAAAACAUUACCACUUUCACUCAAAGCAUGGUGAAUGAUGGAGUUGUCCUCUAUGAUCAAAAUAAGCCACAGGCAGUGGGAUGGUCGGCUACAGACUCUUUCUCUUUCACUGUGUCCUCUCCUCCUGCUUUUCUUUCCCCUCACACCUUCAACAUCUUAAUCUCCUACCAGGCCAAUGAACAUCAUGACAACCCUCAAUACAAGACUGGACUAGUCAGCAAUGCAGGUGCUGUGGUAGAUGAGGGAGGCAGUGUGAUGAUUGACAGUUCUAAACUUGAUGCCUCCAAUCUUCUCGGGAGACUUCCAGAGUCCCAUAAGAAGGACCACUACAUCAUGUACCGAGUGAUUUCCAUGCCACGCCAUGGUGCUCUGUCUAUACGAGGAAACAACCUCACCAGGACUCAACCUAAUUUCUCUCAAGUCACCCUAAACAAGUUUGGUAUCACCUACAACCAUGAUGACUCAGAGACAACGAGUGACAGCUUCACCUUCCGGGCCUGGGUGGCUCCAUUGGAUCCCUCAUCCUCUUUCUCUUCAUCGUCCACAUCAAUGUUUCCCUCUGAUUCCUCCUUUUCAUCCUCAUCCUCCCCCUUUUCCUCUCUCUAUUCAGCAUCUUCACUUUCAUCAUUAGACAUUGUAUCCCAAAACCAUGUCAAGGACAGCCUGGAGGUUACAGAGACAUUUAACAUCACAGUGACACCAGUAAAUGACCACCCACCACUCAUCAGGAGCAGAAACCCGAGUUUGAAGGUCGUAGUGGGGGAGAGAGUUGUGCUUGGACCAGACAAUCUGCAGGUUGAAGAUCAUGACACCCCUCCAGAGGAGCUGCACUACCUUGUAAUCAGUAUGCCCAACAAUGGCUACUUAACCUUGGGGGAGAGACCAGAACCAGUGACCUCCUUCACCCAGUAUGACAUCAACCAUGGCCGGCUGCACUUCAUACAGCAGGGUGAGCCCUCAACUGGCGUUUUCUACUUUAAUGUAACUGAUGGUCAUCAUCGUCCACUCUACAAACUGUUCAGUCUGGAGGUGGUAAAGCCCUCAGUCUCCAUAGUGAACAACACUGGCCUAUCAUUGGUUCAGGGAAAGACUGCUGUUAUCCUGACCACAAACCAGCUUGCAGCUCAAACCAACGGUCACAGCCGGGCCAACAUCAGCUACACAGUCACCAUACACCCUCGCCAUGGACGCAUUGCCAUAUAUGACCAUGAAGUGACCAGCUUCUGGCAUGAGGACCUGCUGCUUCACCAUGUAGUCUAUCACAUGACUGAACUCAGUGAAUCAGAGGACAGUUUUGCAGUAUUAGUGUCGGCAUCAUCCCAUGGUGUUCACUAUGGAAAUGCAACAGCACAGGUGAAGGUGACUGUGCAGCCUCUGAUUCACCUGAGGGAGCAGGUCAGAGUGCCCAGUGGCAUCGCUGUGAAACUGGGGAAAGCAAUGAUGGAUGCCUCUGAGCUGGCAAGGAUCAGCCGAGCUGACCCAGUCUUUGAGGUUUUAUCUCCACCAAAACAUGGAAAACUAGUCAAGAUCACCUAUGACCCUAACCAAGCAUCAGAGGUCCUGAAGUCAUUCACUUUCAGAGAUGUGGUUCAAGGCCGAAUUGCCAUCGAGGAGACUCUCAGUGACAAUGACAACCAGCCCCAUGAGAACAAAUCGGCACUUGCAGUUGCUGGAGGCCAUGCCCCUGCCACACCUCUCAAUGAUUCCUUCACCUUCCUCCUGAGAGCUGGAAAUGUCCAACCUGCGAAGGGUGAGCUUCACUUCACCAUCUUUCCCCACCACCACAUGCAUCAAGGUCCAGGUGGUCCAAUGAAAGUAGAAAAUGCAAAUGUGGAUCAUACUACAACCCGUUUCCCAAUACAUAAUAAGACCACUACCACAAGAGGAAGAGGAGCUGGAAGAGGGGUUUCCACAACACAAGGUGGGGUCAGGGUGGGCGCACCACCUCGCAUUUCGGCACCGAAGAACAGAACUCUACACAAGCAGAGAAAUCAAAACCGCUGGGGUAACCAGACGCGCAGUGGGAAUAGUGGAGGUAGAUCAGGGAGUAGUGCAGAAGCAGCAGGAGGGGAUCAUAGUCCUACCCCACAACCCCAAACUCCUUCUGUUUCACAUAAACAUGGUCUGGAAAAACCCUCUGACAACGAGCCGGUGCAUGUCCAGGUCCUCCCUCGCCCUGCCUCAGACCCUCUCCUCAUUAUCCUGCCACUGCUAGCCUGCUUGCUCCUCAUUGUUAUCUUCAUAGUUUUGAUUCUGGUGUUCCGUCGUCGCAAGGAGAAACAGGCCCGGCAGCGAAUUCUCCAACAGAUUGCUGCAGUGACAAUACCUCCAGAGGGCAGCCCUUACCUGGGCCGUGCAGAGCGGAGCGUAGCUAUGCCCUCUGUGGUGGUCACUCCACUUAGCCCCCAAAGCUGCCCUACUUCUCCCAGGGUAUCCAUAAGCCCAAGAAGAAGGAGUUUGUCUCCUGGGAUGACCUUCUGGGGGCCAUUUGACACUGAUGGAGCAGGUGGUGAUGGGAAUAUUCAAGAUGGUACCAUUAAAGAAAGAGAUAAUGUAUCUCUUUGUACAGCAGAACCAGCUGUUGUGGCAGCAUAUAACACCACUAUAGGAUCCAUGUCCCCCACUCCAUCUCUUAAACGUUACCACUACUGGGUUUGAUUGAAGCAGUUCAAGAAAAAACUGUGCCUUUCAGAUGUAUUUCUGGUAUGAAGUUGUAAAGUGGCAUCAGCGUUAUUUCUGUAUUCAUCUGUGGCACAUCUGACCUACUGUGACUCUUCUAAAAAGAAAAAAAA